CAAAGUCGGUAGUAAUUUCAACAGACAUACCAUUUUCCUAUCUCUAGUGAUCAAUGGUCUUUUCAUAUCGGCUUGUGUCUUGCGGACCACGUUUUUAAUUACAAUAAAACAAAUUUUCCAAACAAAGGUAAUAUGGGUCGCGUGCGUACCAAAACUGUUAAGAAAGCUUCGAAGGUUAUAAUCGAAAAGUAUUACACGCGUUUGACUUUGGAUUUUCAUACUAAUAAGCGUAUUUGUGAAGAAAUCGCAAUCAUUCCGACCAAACCUCUCAGGAAUAAGAUUGCAGGGUUCGUUACACACCUUAUGAAGCGUCUAAGACACUCUCAAGUCAGAGGUAUAUCCAUCAAGCUGCAGGAGGAAGAACGUGAAAGGAGGGAUAACUAUGUUCCUGAAGUAUCUGCUUUGGAACAUGAUAUCAUCGAGGUUGAUCCAGAGACCAAGGAAAUGUUAAAAAUGCUCGAGUUUAAUAAUAUCACUGGAUUGCAACUUACCCAACCUACAACAAACACUUUCAAUAGACGUGCUUAAUUGGCUAAAAUAAAUGUUUCUCAACUUUU